AUGUAUUCGAGCGUUCCUCCGCCGAAUCAAGAUUCUUCUGUAGUCAAAAGAGAUGGUGAAAAAGACGAGAAAAAUCCUCCGCGUGGUAUAUCCAAAGAGAUGUGGGAGGUAUUUAUUUUAAUUAUGAUUUAUGGGAAAGUGAAAGCUUAACAAAGCAAGACUAGCUCUCUUACUCUUAGCGUACUUGCUGUUCUUCAGCUAAUAACUAGGCGCCCCCUUCUUUCCAGAAAUUUCAGCACUUAAAAGAAAGAAGGAUCAAAUUCUCUAACAAUUCAACCGCAAAGCGGAUUAAAGACAUUAAAAAGAAAGUCACGAACCCGACAAGCGAUGAAGAAUUAGCCAUCCUUCGUGAUCGUGGUAUUGUUCAUCAAAUAAGGAAGAAAAAGAAAGUGGAUUCAUCACAACAGCAAGAAAAGUAAGAUGUUUCAUUGCACAUUAAGCAGUAGGCGUUUUUUCAACUUGUUGUGAAGCGCAACAGGUAGAACUGCAACACAACUAUGAUCUCUUUCCUGUUUAUAAGCAUUCCUGUUUGAAGCAUGGGGUGAAUCGGGGGGGGGGGGGGUGGACUCCCAUAUUAAAAGUGACAGGGAUACUCGUCGGAAAAUUAAAAUUAAACCCCCGAGGAAGACCAAUGUGGGUGUGGUUCUAGCUUAAACUGACCCCUAAAGGAGACCAUACUAAACAGGGAUCUGCACAUAAUAAGUGCGAGGGAUAUCGUGUUCUUUGUUUACCGUUAGAUAACUGUGUGGCCAGUGUCAUGGCUACUUUUGUAACUUUCUUUUUGCACAGCCCUAAGUGAUACCCAAAUGGGCAAAUAGAGUGAGUUUCCAUCCCAAACACCCUAAGUGAGACCAAAAUCUGCAAUUUAAUAAAUGAGACAGAGCGUCCCUGUCACUUUUACAUAAGAGUCCCUGCCAAGGUUGAAUCAUUCCACCAUUAGGUUGGCCUGUUAUAAAUUUGCAUUAUCAAGUAUUAUAGUUCUGCCUUUCCUUUCCAUAUGUUCCUUGUAGACAGCAUUUAUUAAAAUUGAGUGAGAGAAAUGUUGCGGAAUGCUGGUACGUUUGAUCCAUGUGAUACUAUUUAUAUCUGGUCAUGUGGAACGGAAAACAGAACUCGACACUCAACUGGAUCCCAUUUCUGAAAAAUUGUCUACCAUCUGCUAUAUGUGAACUGUACAUUUUGCAAGUUUGAUACUUUGAACAGUAAUGAUGACUGAUGGAGUCAUUGAAAUGUGAUUCAAUCUAAUGUUCAUGUCAUUCAUUUAGUAUGGAGUUUAAGCAACAAUGAUGACAGGGAUGGCAAUGAGAAUGGGGAAAAUGCAAAAGGGUUUAGAUCAACAAAACAGUUUUGCAUGUGCAAUUGUGCUUUUUUGUACAUUUCCUUGCUGUUGUUGCACAACAAGAAAACGAUUUUUGUAUUUUUAGUGAAAGAAAAAUUUGCCAACAUUUUACAAAUUGAAAAUGAUGGGAUAAGAGGAUUGGAGUUUGAAACAAUGUGAAUGAGAAUUUAUUUUUUCAAGUGACAGUUUUGCUGCAAUCACCGUCUUGGUUGCUCAAGCUCCCUAAUAUUAGUGUCUCAUUACUGAACAAUAGGAGCAAAGCCACAAAGGACAGUGAGAGGAGGUGGACUGAGCUGCGGCAGUAUAUGGAACCUGAUAAUCAUAUUUCUGUGACUGGACCAUCUGAAGAUUCCAUUUAUAAAAAACCUUCAAUCAAGGUUUGCCCUCAUUUCCUUCUGUAUAAACCAUUUAGUUCUUGUUUGGCUCUGCUGUAUUUCGCUUUGUUGUACUUUAAAUUCUUAAUCAACGUGAAAGAUCAGGAGAAUAAAGGAUAAAUCAAACAGCAUCAAAUUACUUGGCAUCAUUUUCUUUGUCUUCUUCACAAGAUACAUGUAUGUACAUUAAAUGUCAUUAUAAGGAUACAAAAGGAGAAUUUGUGGUUUGAUAUUAGGGACAAAAAGGCUAAAUUGAAGGAUACAAAGAAAAUCUUGAGUAUUUUGUUUAACAUAGUAGUAUGGUGAAUGCUCAAAUUAGUGCCCCAAGCACUUACUUAAUUCUCUAAGUUUUAAGGAGUGGGUGGGGAGAGGGGGGAUGCUUAUUUGAAGGAGGGUGCUAAACCAAGCCUUUACAACAUUAAGUUACAUAACUUUACAUGAGUGAAACUUUCAUAGUAGUUAUUGCUGAGUAGGGGUGGCGAAUGGUACCUCGAAAAACGUUGGUCUCGGGAAAUUUUGGCAUGAUCUCGGAAGCGUUUUUGAUAAGACUCGAAGUCUCGUUUUUUCAUGGUUUGCUUUUACUUUUUUUGAGUUUCGAAACUUUUCACCAAAGAGUCUCGGGCUCAGAUUUCUAACUAGGAUCUCGGCGUCUCGGCGAGUCUCGGAUUUUACCAUUCGCCACCCCUCUGAGUGGGGCCUCAUUAGCUACCUGAGAUAUUUAAUGGAACCCCAGAAUUAUAGGGCUGGUAUGUUUUAGUUCUGUAGGUUUUAUGUAAGUUUGAGUGCCUAGUUUAUUUAGGUAACAAGUAUUCACAACUCUUUUGCAUUAUUUUAUUUGAUGAAACAUUCCUGUUUUUGAAAAGGAUGUGCAAUUCUGUUUUCACUAUCACACAUCCCACUAUCAAACCAUUCAACACAGAAUGUAAAGAAUGUGGGGAAAUGAGAAAAGAUAAAUAUGCAAAAAGCCUCAACAAGAAUCGGGUCUUUGCAAUACGCUGUACAUUGUAUUUUUUUUGUGAGAUACUCGGAACAAUGUUUUCUAAAAUUUAUAAAGCUGUGUAUAGAGGUGUCAUGUUGGUGUGCCUUUGAGGGGCGCAAAUAUGGCGACCAGAAACCAACAGAAACAUUUUUGUUUGAGUUUUUCUACAAAAGCGUGAAUUUAUGGCUUGAGGAACUCUUAAAGUUUAAAGUCAUAUUUAUUCUGAGACUAGUGAUCUCCAAAAAUUGGUAAUGUUAUUAACCUGCAUGAGAGCCUUCCUGGUUGCUGUCUAAAUGCCGCGUCCUCUAUCGCAAAACGAAGAACCCUUUCAAACCAAGAAAAAUGUUCAAAUAAACGUGUUCAGCUGCUGAUAAUUCUGUUAUUUGAAUUUUGGUGACGUCAUGUGGAAACUGAGAAUAGGUGGUUUAGCCUUCAGAAGUACAUGAAUUUAAUAAAUGUAUGAACUGAAUUGUGUUAUGGUUUAGUCGAUUUAUUUGUUUCAAUGGUGUUGACAAAUGAGACUUCACUAUAACUGCUUAUUUGCAAACUUUAGGUGUCACAUUUGUGUUAUAAUACAUAUUAAUUACUAUAAAACAAAUAAAACAAUAGUAUUUUUUGUGCAACUUUCUCAUUUUUGAGGCCAAGAGAAGUAUAUUUAACUUAUACAUUAAUAUAAUGACUUUUAGGAUCAAAUAGAAGAAAGUCUGGAGGCUGCUGUUAAAGAAAGGAGGUUUGAGGUUGCCGAAGAACUCAAUAAAAAGCUGAUGGAGCACAACUUUGCAGUGAAGGUGGCUGAGGCAGUUGAAUGCAGAGAUUAUGCCAAACGAAAAGCAGUUGACGAAGAAAGAACUAAGAAUAGAAAAAGGUCAAGGCCAUAUUGGGCAUUUGAACAGAAAGCAAGAUGGGAAAGCAAAGGGAAUAUGUAGAAGAGGAAAUAAUUUAAAAGCAAAAACAAAUUCAGGUUGCUGCAGGCGACCUGAAAUGCGUAAUUGAUUCUCUAUCUGUUUUAAUUCAAACCAAGCUACCUGGAGUUAACUCUUGCCGAACUGCGUUUCUCCAGAUUUACGAAAAAUGUAGGUUAUCGUUUUACAUAUUUCUGGUUAGUAAAUAUUGCAUUUGGCAUAACAUUUCCACUUUAGUAACAAGUUCCAUCUGUUAUACAUGUACCAUGAAAUAGAAAUCUGAGUCUUAUAUCGAUUUCGAUUUUCGUAAGUUUUAUCAUCCUGUUCAUUUUCUGUCUAAAGAUAGUACCCCACCCCCUCGCUG